AUGGCUGGUUUCAAUUUUACCUUGGUGACAGAAUUUGUCCUUCUGGGACUGACAGAUCGGGCUGAACUGAAAGUGUUCCUCUUUGUGCUGUUCCUGCUCAUCUAUGCCAUCUCCCUGGUGGGGAAUCUGGGGAUGCUCUUUCUAAUCCAGAUCACCCCCAAACUCCACACACCCAUGUAUUAUUUCCUUAGCUGUCUGUCAUUCGUGGAUGCCUGCUAUUCGUCAGUUUUCGCCCCCAAAAUGCUCCUGAACUUCUUUGCUGAGCAGGGGACCAUUUCGUUCUCGGCAUGCAUCGUGCAGUAUUUCUUCUUCGUGACCCUGCUGACCACGGAGGGCUUUCUGCUGGCCGCCAUGGCUUAUGACCGCUAUGUGGCCAUCGCCAACCCUUUACUCUAUACCGUGGCUAUGACGAAGAUGGUGUGUGUGGUGCUGGUGUUCGGAUCCUGCCUCGGAGGUGUAAUCAACUCACUGACCCACACCAUAGGCUUGCUCAACCUGUCCUUCUGUGGGCCAAAUGUCAUCAGUCACUUUUUCUGCGACCUUCCUCCACUGCUAAAGCUGUCAUGUUCUGACACAUCCGUAAACGAACUGCUGCUUUUAGUCUUCUCUGGCAUCAUCGCCAUGAUCACCUUCUUGACGGUCAUGGUCUCCUACGUGUUCAUUGUGGCUGCCAUCCUGAGGAUCCAGUCAGCAGCAGGCAGACACAAAGCCUUCUCCACCUGUGCCUCUCACCUGACAGCCGUGACUUUGUUCUAUGGCUCCAUUAGCUUUAGUUACAUCCAGCCAAGCUCCCAAUAUUCCCUCGAACAAGAGAAGGUAGUGUCGGUAUUUUAUACCCUGGUGAUCCCCAUGCUGAAUCCAUUGAUUUACAGCUUAAGGAACAAGGAAGUAAAGGAUGCUGUGAAAAGGGUUGUGGAGAUGAAACCAUUUCUUUGUUAG